AUGAACGCAGAGAUUCAACGAGGACCUCGCAAUGCUCCUAUUGCACAAUCCACCACGCUUGGUUGGAUUGUCUAUGGGGCUGUCACCGCUAAACACGCUUCAACAUCACACGCAGCACUACAUGCGUCAGUAGAUACUGAAUUACAAGACGCUAUCACUAAGUUUUGGGAACAGAAAGAAGUUCCAUCAGGAAAUUCACCGCUCAACACCGCUGAAGAAGACGAAUGUGAAAUUCACUUUCGUCAAACGCAUUAUCGACAGCCUGAUGGACGCUACGUAGUGAGAUUACCGCUUAAGGCCCUUGAGAGUCAACUUGGCGACUCUAUCAACGCAGCUAUGGGGUCACUCCGCAGAUUAAUAACUCGCUUGUCGCGAGAAAGAGAAUAUUCUGACAUGUAUCGUGCAUUCAUGGCAGAAUACAUUCAACUAGGACACAUGGUACGAGUACCAGUCAACGAAUUGCCCGCAAACGCUUACUUCUUGCCUCACCAUGGGGUAUUGAAGCUUGAUAGUGCCACUACGAAGCUCCGCACAGUGUUCUAUGGUUCCUGUGCAACAUCUACAGGAAUUUCAUUGAAUGACAUUCUCCACGCAGGACCCAAAACGCAAAUUGACAUUUUUGAUGUGAUGUUGAGAAUCCGUUGCAGCAGGAUUCUAUUCGCUACUGACAUCACCAAGAUGUUCAGACAGAUUGAGGUCGACUCGCUUGAUUGGCCGCUUCAGUGCAUUCUCUGGAUAGAUGAGAAUGACUUAAUAGACGCUUACUGUCUCAAGACAGUCACAUACGGAACCGCUAGUGCACCUUUUGACGCUGUACGUGUGCUUAUCCAACUAGUAAAGGAUGAAGGACACCGCUUUCCGCUAGCUGUUGCUCCAAUGUUGAAAAGACGCUACGUAGAUGACAUCUACGGUGGAGCAGACAACGAAGAAGACGCUAUCAAGGCUGCAGUACAAACAAAAGCUCUGUGUGCAGCAGGCUGCUUCCCGCUUGCCAAAUGGGCUAGCAAUAGCCCACGGUUACUCGCUGAAGUCGCUCCAGAAAAGCAGCUGGAUACACCGCUUAAGGAAAUCAGUGAUGCACCAGUAAAAGUCCUGGGCAUGUACUGGAAUUCACGCACUGACGCUCUACAGUUCAAGUACACGCUACCGCCAGAGACGCCCAAGACAAAAGAGCUAUUUUGUCUGAAAUCGCUAAGCUGUAUGAUCCGCUAG